GUCCUCUCGAUCGCACCUGCCCCUCCAGAAGUUCGGCCGCCAAAGUUCCUCAACCGAUAAACAGCUGCACUUAUCCUUCACUUUGUUCCAUCUUCACCCACAACCUCGGACCUCACUACACAUCUGAUCCUCGACACAAUGGCUGACACUGUUAUUACCCCGGAGGUCGAGUCGAACGCCGGCACCAUGGAGCUCAAGGAGAACACCGUCAUCGUUGUUCUCGGUGCUUCCGGUGAUCUUGCAAAGAAGAAGACUUUCCCUGCUCUCUUCGGCCUGCACAAGAACAACUUCCUCCCUAAGGGUAUCCAGAUCGUCGGAUAUGCACGAAGCAAGAUGAGCCACGAAGAGUUCAUCAAGCGUGUCAGAUCGAACAUCGCAACCCCCACAAGCGAGAUUGAGGAGCAACUGAAGGAGUUCUGUGGCUUCUGCACAUACCUCGACGGUGAAAAAUACGACGAGGACAAGUACUUCCAGGGCCUCGAGAAGCACCUCGCCGGGCUGGAGAAGGGUCAGAAAGAGACUAACCGCAUCUUCUACAUGGCUCUUCCCCCUAGUGUCUUCAUCCCCGUCUCUGAGAUGCUCAAGAAGCACUGCUACCCCAAGAACGGUAUUGCCCGUAUCAUUAUCGAGAAGCCUUUCGGUAAGGACCUUGGCAGCUCCAGAGAACUCCAGCACGCUCUGGAGCCUAACUGGAAGGAGGAGGAGAUCUUCCGUAUUGACCACUACCUUGGUAAGGAGAUGGUCAAGAACAUCUUGAUCCUUAGAUUUGGCAACGAGUUCUUCGGCUCCAACUGGAACCGCAACCACAUCGACAACGUUCAGAUCACCUUCAAGGAGCCUUUCGGUACCGAAGGCAGAGGCGGUUACUUCGACGAGUUUGGCAUCAUCCGUGAUGUUAUGCAAAACCAUCUCCUUCAGGUCCUGACCCUGCUCGCUAUGGAGCGCCCCAUCUCUUUCUCUGCCGAGGACAUCCGCGACGAGAAGGUCCGUGUUCUUCGCGGUAUGCCCGCCAUUGAGCCUAAGAACGUCAUCAUCGGUCAAUACGAGAAGUCGCUCGACGGCUCCAAGCCUUCCUACAAGGAGGACGAGUCUGUCCCCAAGGGCUCCCGCUGCCCCACUUUCGCCUCGAUGGUCGCCUACAUCAAGAACGAGAGAUGGGAUGGUGUUCCCUUCAUCCUCAAGGCCGGCAAGGCCCUCAACGAGCAGAAGACCGAGGUCCGCAUUCAGUUCAAGGAUGUCACAUCUGGCAUUUUCAAGGACAUCCCCCGUAACGAGCUUGUGAUCCGCAUUCAGCCCAACGAGAGUGUGUACAUCAAGAUGAACUCCAAGCUUCCUGGCCUGAGCAUGCAGACCGUGGUUACCGAGCUGGAUCUCACUUACCGCCGCCGCUUCUCUGACCUGAAGAUCCCCGAGGCCUACGAGUCUUUGAUCCUUGACGCGCUCAAGGGUGACCACUCCAACUUCGUCCGUGAUGACGAGCUUGACGCCAGCUGGAGAAUCUUCACUCCUCUCCUGCACUACCUUGACGACAACAAGGAGAUCGUUCCUAUGGGCUACCCCUACGGCUCUCGCGGUCCCUCCGUCCUCGAUGACUUCACCUCCUCAUACGGCUACAAGUUCAGCGACGCCGCUGGCUACCAGUGGAGCAACCUCCCCGAGAACAAGCUCUAAAAAGCAAAAUGAAAUAUACCCGAAAUGAAAGAAAGAUGAAUGCUGGUGUGCCUAGCAAAGGCAAAGCAUAUACAGCAGGAUAACAAUGGUAGAGAGCUGUCCUUCAUGCUACAUUCUCAUGCAACGAAGGGCGGCCAUGCAUGAACGCAUCUGAAAGAAACUUAAUGACACGACUCGUCCACUUCCCCUCAUAGCAACAA